AUGUGAAGAGGCUUUUGUAUUCAAGAUAUUUUGGAGGGGCUGCGAAUGAGAGAAAGGAAGAAAGAGGGCAAGGGGGGGGGAGCCUGAGAGAGAGAAAAGGAGAGGGAGGGCAAGAACGAGAUGGGUGGGUGGCGAGUUGUUGAUGGGGUUUUGAUGUGUAUGUGUGACGGUGGAGAGAGGUAGACAGGAAGAAAGCAAGAUACACUGAGAGUGAGAAAGAGAUAGUACAGGCCUCCUGACAAAGCAAGCAGAGGGAGGCAGCACAAGAUGUAGCUGUCUUUCUCAACAUUAUUCAGGAGGAAGGAAGCACUGAUAGACAAAAAAACAGCCAGUUGAGAGAGAGAGAGAGAGAGAGAGAGAGAGAGACAGAGCGAGAGAGAGAAAGAAGGCAGGCUGACCCAGUGGAAACACAGAGGACAGAAAGAAAAGGCAGCAGAGUCAUCCAUCCAGCUACCAGACAAAACAGAGGAAGGAAGGAGAGAGACUGAGAGUGAGACAGCGAGAUAAUCCCCAUCUUUCUAAGAGGUGAUUCUGGGUGGAAUGACCCUGUCAUGAUGCCACAGCCGUGCCACACCUCACGCCCAGGUGACCAAGGAGGGCGUGUCUGGCUAUCAGCCCAUCACAGAGGCAGCCCCAAUAGAGUUAUUUCCGAUUCUGGUUCAGAAAAAUUUCCUCUCAAGAGCCUCCUACAUCGUUGACACUCUGCCCCUCUGGUCAUAGCUCCUUCACCCCUGCUUCCUCUGUGGUCUUUACUGUUUACUGUUUACCUAUCUUGGUUGUUUAAUGGCAGCUGCCAUUUUAGACACAACUUCCAGAUGUUGUGCCAGAUGCAGGUUGUCCACACGGGCAGAAUUAGACAAGGACGAGCACAGAGGUGCUGUGCAGCUCAGCUUCCUGGUUCACACUGUUUGACAACACCACAACAGGAACUAUAGGACUUCCUAUUCCUGUGGAACAUCUUGCUCUGCCUCUUGGCACUUGUGAGGACCUACUUGACCCUGUUGCACAUAAGUUAGUCAAGACUCUCAUCCUCAAACAUAGGAACCAUGCGGCACAUUCAUGUGGAGUUAGCCCACAAAAAGGCUCCAUUAGAGCUUCCAGCCCAGGGGGGCGACCUGCCUCCACCCACAGCCCCAACACAUGGCCUAGACCCUGGCGUCAGACCAGGGGCACCUAGGCACUUUGGACAGGAGGAAUUGCGGCUCCAAAAGGUCUACCAGCUCUCCAUUUUCUCCCAGUUGGGGGGAUUUUCUACCUCCACCGAAUCCCACACUGAUACCCAACAGAGGCCUGUCCGGUUGGGUGUGAAAAGGGGUCUAGAGGAGCCCCAGUUGACUCAUAAGCGCCCCCACCUGGGGGACUCCUCUGACAAGGAGGCAUUGGAAGGAGGGGUGCUGUGUGGGCCAGCCCCGGCUCAAGGUGUUGGGAUGGGGUUAGCGACUGCCCCUGGUGGGCCUGCUUCUGUAUACUCUUACACACAGAUGGAGCACAGAGACUCUGAGGGAGGACUGUCACCCAGGUCUCCACCACUUUCCCCAAGCCACAACCCCUCCCGCCGCCCAACCCAGCACAAUCAUGACAGGCCCAUUCCUGAUGUUUUUGCGCCACUCUCACCUAAAUCACCCCCAAUGUGUGACCCACAUGGGCAUCUCUGUGACCAGGGCCAUUCCCUCGGAAACUCAGCCAAGAGUGAGCCACCUAGCGGGGGCUACUCACUAGGUAGCCCUGGAAAUGAGAGCUGUAGUAAUGGCUCAUCUGGAGGCCAGCCCAGCCCCCACCUAUAUGAAAUGCCCGUGUAUGAAACUCCAAACCCUGCCAGCCCCACCAGCCCACCAGGCCCUUUCUCCCCCCCACACCACACAGAGCUGCAUGAACCAGGGGAGGCCACUGAGUGGGAAGCUGGACUUGAAUCUUCCCCACCUGAGCGAAGUGCCACCCAGGCUGCCUCCUCGUCUAAUGGCCUGGCUUCCUGGGAGAAAACUCCCAGCAGUAAUGGCCACCGUCUGUCCUCUGGAGGCCACUGGCCAGCCAAAAAGAGGCUGCUGUCCCCAAGCGACACAGGGGAGUCUUGUUCAGAAGAUGAGGGACCCUCUACAUCCAAGAGAAGCAGGUUGUCAUUGUUGGCUCCAGGACUUGGCCCGACCUCAUGUCGCAGCACUGAUGCUAAAGCUGCCCCUUACUGGAACCACCUGCUGCCCUCUGCAUGGGACCGGCCCAAGACUGCUGCAGAAUGUACAAGAUCAGGAAGACGGCUAAAAAGUGGUCUGAGGCUGAAAAGUCGCCAGCUGCGCAGCGGCAGACACACAGACACCAGCCGCUCCACACGUUCCAGUUGGCCCUCAUCUUCCAUCAGCAGAUCACUACUUGGCAACUUCGAGGAGUCCAUACUGAAGGGACGAUUCUCCCCCUCAGGCCGGAUCGAAGGCUUUACGGCAGAGAUCGGUGCCAGCGGAUCCUAUUGCCCACAGCAUGUCACCCUGCCUGUGCAGGUUACGUACUACGACAUCUCAGAGCAAAGCGCACCCUCACCCUUCCUGGGGGUGAUAUCCCUCGAGCCUCUUGGAAAGAAAGGAUACAGCAUACCCAAAGCAGGGACCAUUCAAGUGACCUUAUUUAAUCCCAACAAAACUGUGGUGAAGAUGUUCCUGGUGACCUACAACUUUGGCGACAUGCCAGUCAAUCACAUGACCUUCCUGCGCCACCGUAUCUUCCUGGUGCCUGUAGAGGAGGGGGUUGAGGGGAAAGGCGAGGCGUCUCCAGGGGGCGGAGUGCUAGAUAGGAAGAAGAUUCUCUGUUACCUGAUACAUCUCAGAUUCCAGAGCUCCAAAUCUGGGAAGAUCUACUUGCACAAUGAUAUCCGGCUGCUAUUCUCCCGCAAAUCCAUCGAAGUGGACACAGGGAUCCCUUAUGAGCUGAAAUCUUUCACCGAGGUGCCAAGAAACCCUAAGUACUCCCCCCGUGUGUGACCCCCGCCUGACCCUUUGACCCUCCCUAAUGCCAACGCCCCUCCUGUGCUUCCUGAAGAGGAGGGAGGGAAACAGAAAGACUGCUAGAAUGAUGGACCCAAAACUUGAUAAGACUUGAUGAGACACGCCACAUGCACACAAGACACACAUGCACAUAUGAUACAGAGUUGGUAAUAGCAAAAGUCCUGCUUUUUAUGCAUUUAUUCUCCAUUUAAAGUAAAAAACAAAUUGGUGAACAAUGUCAAUCAACCAAACACGACAUUCCUUGUAUUUUCCAUUCACUGAAAAUAUAUAAAAAAUAUUAGAAAUACUAGUGUAGGAGCAGUCCAGCAUGCAUGCAGUCAAAAGCAGGACUUCUACAACACCUCCAUCUGUACAAAUAAAGAGAGUCACCGACACUGACACACACCAAAACAGACUGACAAGACUCACGCACAGCACAUACCACACACGUCACAGCUGAAACACUUUCUGGUGGAGACUCUGAGUUCAGUGUUAACAUGCAUGCCUUGUGACUUAAACACCUGAAUUUUCCUCUAGUGCCGUAUCACACUGUCCUUCACUCUGCCUGCAGCUCCAACCGACUCAUCGGACCAAUCAUUUUUCACAAAUUUCGAUUUGACAAAAGGCCACAAACAAUAAGCACAUCACUGAUUGUGGGGUGAAUAAAAUGAUUUCCCCCUUCCACUUUUCACGCACUUACACACUUUAUGACCUGCGAAGGUGAGCAGGGACACAAACCCUAGUGAAAGCAAAGGCUGAAAUGGAAUCAGCUAUCUUGAUUGGAUGUCUUAUCAUUUAACACAUGAUGAACAACACACGGACAUGAUUUGACCAAACUCAGGACGUCUGUUGUAGAAUAAAUUUCUAUUCUUACCAUUUCACCUAUCAUGGUACAGACCACUGUGUGCAAUUCAAGCCAGGAGGGUCACACCAAGUCAUGAAAAACAGGUGAAUCCAGUUUAUUAUAUGUAGCCAGACUGAGGGACACUGUGCUGUUUUUAUUUUUAUUUUUUUUAGAUUCUGUUCAGAUCAGUCUGAUGUUGGAUCAGGAAAAAAAUUUAAAAAAAACAAAAAGCCGUAGUAUUUUUAAUUUAUGUUUUCGCAAAUGUCUUAAUAAGCAAUAUGCUGCACAAAGUAGAGUGUGUUUUUCAGCCGGACGGGCUUUCUCUCUGGAGGGGGGAACGGAGAAAGCAAAGAAUUGUGUGAGGGAAGAAAUGGGAGGAGGGAGGGAUGAUAAGGGAGGGAAGGGUGGUGGGGUAUUUAAUAUGAGGAAAAAGUCUAUGUAUAUUUAAAAGAAUAAACUCUGCGACUGGCGAGUAGCA